GUCUGGAAUAGGUGUUUUAUAUUACAUUGAAUAAAUGUUGCAGUAGAACAACUACAAAACUAACCAUGGAAGACGACAGUGACGAUAAAGAUGAUACAAAACGGAGAACUCGCAACUUGAGCGAGAAGAAACGUCGAGAUACCUUCAAUAUGCUAGUAAACGAAUUAUCCUCAAUGGUUACAUCUGGUAAUAGGAAAAUGGACAAAUCUACGGUACUAAAGUCAACAAUAUCUUUUCUAAAGAACCAUAAUGAAGUGACUGUUAGGUCAAAGGUUCAUGAUGUCCAAGAAGAUUGGAAACCAGCUUUUCUCUCCAAUGAAGAAUUUACAUAUUUGGUGCUUGAGGCCUUGGAAGGUUUUGUCAUGGUUUUCUCAGCAACUGGGCAAAUUUAUUAUGUUUCUGAAAGCAUAGCUUCCUUGUUGGGACAUAAUCCGGCGGACCUGAUAAAUAAAAGCGUUUUUGAUUUGACGUUUGAAGAUGAUCUUCCAAAUUUAUACAAUCUUCUUCAGAAUCCUGGGACUGCCAUUGAUCCUACUCAACCUUUUGUAAGAGAGAACGAGAUCAGGUUCCAAUGUCACCUACGUCGGAGUACCUUGGAUUUCAGAGAUGAUCCAGUCUACGAACUUAUAGAAUUCAAUGGACAUUUCCGUACGAACAUGGAGCAUAACGAAGCUGACGAAAUGUCUGGAUAUCAACAAGAACACGAGUCAAGACUGCUGUUUGUGUGUACCGGUAGACUUUACACUCCACAAUUAAUUCGUGACGUAUCUCUAGUAGAUACGAAUCGGAAUGAGUUCACUUCACGGCACAGUUUAGAGUGGAAAUUCCUCUUUUUGGACCAUCGUGCUCCGCCUAUUAUCGGAUACUUACCGUUUGAAGUGCUGGGCACUUCUGGCUACGACUACUAUCAUUUUGAUGAUCUUGAAAAGGUUAUCACUUGCCAUGAAGCAUUGAUGCAAAAGGGAGAGCUCACAUCGUGUUACUAUCGGUUCCUCACCAAGGGCCAGCAAUGGAUCUGGUUACAGACACGUUUUUACAUAACUUACCAUCAGUGGAACUCUAAACCCGAGUUCGUCGUUUGCAAUCAUCGGGUGGUCAGUUACGCCGACAUUGUGAAGAGCACAAAACAAGAACAAACUAAGAUGGAAGGUGCAAGUGAUAUGGAUGGCAAUCAAUGUGGGAAAGAGCCGGCACAGGAGACCAGCAUGGUGCCUUUAUCAUCUCCUACGUAUAUGUCAGAUGCUGGGGACACUUACGGUGGCUCUUAUCAUACCAUUUCACAGUCAGAUUCUGUGAAGUCAGCGUCGGGCAGUACUAGUGGUACAGUGACGACCGUUUGCACUGCUGGCACUACCGUGUCAUGGCCGCGCAGCAAUCCUAGGUACAUGGGUUCCGACAACGGCUCGCUGUCCGGAGAAUCACGAUCCACGCAUCGGAAUACUACAGAGCAGAAGCCCGUGGCACGGACGCGAAACAAUUGCGGGCCUUGUCAUGGUAACAUGAUGAUGUUCUCGCAGACGCACAAGAGUUUGGAGCCUAUGCUAGCGCCUCAGUACGGUAUAGGUGCGCAGUAUCUGGAGCCUGCGUCCUACGUGGGUGCGGUGGGAGUCCCCGGAGUCCUGCCCGUGUCAUUACCACCCCUACCAGUUAUCGUGUCACCAGACCAAACGCAAAUACAGCGGCAGGAGCAGCUGCAGAGGAAGCACGAGGAGCUGCAGCAGAUGAUCGUCAGGCAACAGGAGGAACUGCGGCAGGUCAAGGAACAGCUGAUGCUUGCCAGACUUGGUAUACUACAGCCCCUCGUCAAUGUACCAAAUGCAUACGCCGCCAUCGAAGAUAACGAGCAAAGUCAGCAUAUCCCGGCACAAAUAACAUACGAUGAUUCCCAAGGCCGCGUCGCACCGGAUUACCAAGAGCCCCCUUCCUCCACUGGCCCUCGACAUGACAUGCCUUAAUGUAUGAUGAACUGUAACUCACAUUAUUUACUAGAGCUAAUAUCAAAUUCUUUUUUUCUA